UAGUAUAGAAAGCGGGAUGGAGAGUGGGUUGAGAGUUGCUCUAUCAUUUUACCCCAAUUCAUCUGCUGAAACUGCGGGAUCACACACCACCUAACCAGCAAGAGACGACGAGCUUGCCGCUCACCACCAAGUCUGCAACGCAUAUAAAUUUGCCCCCCGAAACCUGAAGUGGAAUCCCCGCUAUAGAUCCGUGCUCGUGCUAUCGGAUCUCGGAGCCCGUCGUCCCAGUGAUCCCCCGCGGCGGAGUCCCCGAUCCGAGUAGUCGAAGAUGCGGCCGAGGCUCGUGCUCUUCGGCGACUCCAUCACCGAGCAGUCCUUCGCCGCCGGCGGAUGGGGCGCCGCCCUCGCCGACCGCUUCGCACGCCAGGCGGACGUGGUACUGCGCGGGUUGAGCGGGUACAACACACGGUGGGCGCUCGAGGUGCUGCCGCGGGCCAUGGAGGGCGCGGCGCCGGCGGACGAGGACCCGGCGGCCGUGACCGUCUUCUUCGGCGCCAACGACGCCUCGCUGCCCGACCGGGCGCAGGCGCACCAGCACGUGCCGCUCGAAGAGUACCAGAGCAACCUCCGCGCCAUCUGCGGCUACUUCAAGGAACAAUGGCCCUCCGCUUCUAUCAUACUUAUCACUCCCCCACCGAUCUACGAACCAGCGAGAAUUCGAGACAUCUAUGGAGAAGACGACCCUUCACGACAAGCAGAAAGAACCAACGAGGCUGCUGGCGCUUAUGCACAGGCAUGCCUAGCUGUUGCCAAAGAAUUGGGUCAUGCAGUUAUAGACAUCUGGACAAAGAUGCAGGAAUUUUCAGAUUGGCAAACAUCUGCAUUAAGACUAUUGGUUAAUGCUGUAGUUCAAGCGCUAAAAGCUCUGUAGUAAGAUCAAGUGACAUUCUGUAUAUUGAUACAAAAUAAUGACAUUUCUCGACUUUGUUAUUCUAGCUUCUACAAUGUCAAAUAUCCUUCACCUUAUGUCUUAUAGAAUACACAUACAGCGUCUUUUUGUGUCUCUUAGUUUUCAAACUUCCCCAUCAUUAACAUUGUGCACUGGAUAUUUCAAUACGCUGUAUGGGGGCAAGGAACUUAUGUAUAUGUUUGAUUGUUCUGUUGGCUGUUGCUAAGACCAAAAGCUUAUGUGCUUGGAAUACACUGUUAAGAAAUUUGGAAGGGAAAUUGUUUCUCUUCGAGCCUGUUUGGUAGAGCUCUCCUUUAUUCAAAUUUUUUAAAAAGAGUGAUUAUUUGAAGAAAGUGAUUCUGUGACUGAAAGUAAUUCUCUAAGGUAAACGCUAUGGAUGAAGUGAUUUUAUUAGGGAAGUGAAUCAGAGGAAACUAUUUUUUUCAGCUCCACAACAUAUAGUUCAUUUCAGAGAAUCACUCCAAUGGAAUCACUCUGGAAAUUAAAAACUGCAAACUAUGGUUUGGCAGAGCUCCCACUAAUGACAAAGAGGCCCUUGAUUUCCUUUAGAGUUAUGUUCUGUAUCCAGUAGGUUAAUAAUAACCAAUGGGCUAGUAUUUUUUGAUUUUUCUGUCGUCAGUCUUCUGGUCUUGGUGUUUUCCAAUGAACUUCUUGUGAAAUAACUGUAUAGUGAGCGUAUUUU